UGAUUUGUGAUGUAUGCUAAUGAUGCAUGCCUACAUUUAAAAUCAGAUGAGAGAGACUAUGAUUAUGAUUUAUGAACUUAUGAUGCUUUAAUCACAGUUUGUGUUUGUAUUCUUUAGUAAAUUUUAGGAUGAUUUCUUUUAAUGGUACAAUUUGAUGGUGUUAUUGAGAAAUUCGUUUUGUUUCAUUGAGUUCAAAUGUGUAUCUUAAAAUGAAAAUUAUUUGUUAGAAAAUGAGGUAAUUAAUUUGUAUCUGCUUCAAAAUUGCUUAUUUAAUAUAUAUCAAUGGGGGUAAUACUAGUAACAGUAGUAAAUGAUUUGUUGAUAUUGAUUCGAACUGAAUGUUAUUUUGUUUAUCUAAGACAUGGGUACUGAUUUUUGAUGAGUAUUUUCUUGUUUUAAGCCCAGAAAUUUGAACUUUAAUGUAGUUAUGUUGAUAUAGGGGUGAUAAUUUUUUAUUUCAGGGUUUUGCUUGUGGUUGUGACUUGUGUUAAGAGCUUUGAUUAAUUUCAAUUACUCCUAGUUCGGAUAAUAGGGGAGUGAUUGUGAUAUGUCAUCUUCAAAGGCAAGUCCCAAUACUGGGACUUCUAAGAUUCCGAAACGAGCUUUGCCUUCUUGGAUGAGUGCAAGAGACGAUAAAAAUGACGAAAACCUAGUUAGUGAUAGGAUGGAUGAUGAAAGUCAAGUGGAGAAUUCGCAGAAUAAAGGGAGAGGACAAGGCAAAAGAGUGAAUGAUAGUGGUGAGGAAUAUGUAAAUAGGAAGAAAUCCUCACCGGUUGGUCCAACCAAAUUGGGAUUCUCCAAGCUUUUGGAUGGGGUAGUAUUUGUUUUGUCAGGAUUUGUAAAUCCUGAACGAGGUAUAUUGCGGUCACGAGCCUUAGAAAUGGGGGCAGCAUAUCAGCAAGACUGGAACUCUGAUUGCACUCUUUUGGUUUGUGCAUUUCCCAAUACUCCAAAGUUUCGGCAAGUUGAAGCAGACGGUGGAACAAUUGUCUCAAAGGACUGGAUAACAGAGUGCUACACACAGAAGAAGCUUGUUGAUAUUGAAACUUAUCUUAUGCAUGUCGGUAAACCUUGGAGGAAACAAAAAAGUCAUGCAGGCGACCAAGUUUGUGAAACAUCACAACCUAGUAAAUCUCGCAAGCAGGAAGUAAAACAAGUUGAAGUAGACCCCAAGGCUUCCAGUUCAAAGGAAUUGAGUGGCAACGUAUCCAAAUGUCUGAGAGAUAGAUUUUCUUCUUUGAAGGUGAAGAAAUGGGCAAAUGAUGAUUUGGACAAAACUCUCACAUGGCUUGAGAGCCAGGAAGAGAAGCCGGAGCCAAUGGUGAUAAGGAAUGUAGCUGCUGAAGGGAUCUUGACCUGUUUACAGGAUGCCAUAGACUUGCUUGACAAAGACCAGGAUUUACGCCCUUUAACUGAACAGUGGACAACGGUCCCUCGUGUGGUAGAAGAAUUGAUAGAAGUGCAAAGUACUGAAAGUUCUUCCUCAAUUUCUAAGGAUGAUCUUUACAGACAGGUACUUGCAUGUAAGAAGAUUUACGAAGGGGAACUAAAGAUGAUGUCUAAUGGUUCAAAAGGUAAUGAUACAUCGCCAAUGUCUAAAAGCCGCAACACAAGGAAAGGGAAACAUGGCUUAACCGAUGACUUAGCUGGUAAUUUAAUGGAUUAUGACAGUGAGGAAACAAUUGAAAUGACAGAAGAUGAAGUAAAUGAUGCUUACAAUAGUAUAGCUUCCAAGAUACCUACAUCUUAGAGGACUUUUUUUUGUGUAUAGUAUUACUGUCCUGUGUAGCAUGAAUCUGUUCAUUUAGUUUUAUUAUGAAAACUUGUCUUAGAUGGUUAAUGGUUAUUUAGAUAUUGUGGGUGAGAAAGAAGCUGAUUGAAAAGUGAAAAAUGUACUAAUUUACACCGAGAACAUCAAUUAAGAUCAGACUAACAAGAAUUCUUGUUCUUAUGAGUUCCA